AGCACCGGUUCUCGGUUUUAUCAUGUCUGGGGUUAUCCGAUGGCGCAAGCUGCGCGACGUCGCCGGACGGGCAGCAUGGGCGGCCGCCGGCGUCCCACCGGCGCGUGGGCUCUCGCAGGUCGUUCCUCUCACUCACGCUCACGUGCUGGUCUCCGUCCCCCAUCGGUACCAGCAGGAACGCCGCAGAUGGGACGGUGGGAGCUCGGAUGAGUACCAAAGGAGGACGAUCCGUGCGGAGGUGCACUGCCCUCGAUGCUCCAAGUUUAUGGAUGUGCUGUUCUUGAACCGCCAGCCCACCUCCAUAGGGGGCGGUGGAGAUCGAGGAGGUUACCAGGCGCUGAACCUCUGCCCGGUUUGCCGCAGCGCUUUCUACUUCAGGCCGCACAAGCUUGUGCCCCUGCAGGGCACCUUUGUGGAGAUUGGCAGGGUUCGUAGUCGUGGUGAUGAGAGCGGGCAGGACAAUCGGAUCGGGACCUCGUUUUGGGAGACGUUGAGGCAGUCGUAUGAUGGGGAGCCCCCGGAGAAUUGGCCCCCGAUGCCUGGGAAUCCGUUGCCGGACGGUGGUGGGCUGGCGGUGCACGCUCCUCCCGGACCGCCUUUUCCACCGGGGAUGAACGUGGUUCGAGCGACGGGGCCUGUUGGCGUGGGCGGUGGAGGUGGAGGUGGAGGUGGAUUUGGGGAGGAGGGCUGGGGUGGUGCUAAUUUGGGGAACAAUUUGCCUACGCCUAAGGAGAUUUGCAAGGGCCUCGAUAAGUUUGUAAUUGGGCAAGAGCGAGCUAAAAAGGUGCUAUCUGUGGCUGUUUACAAUCACUACAAGAGAAUCUAUCAUUCUUUGUUACAGAAAGGGUUUGAACCAGAUUCUGAGAAGGGCGAGUCGAAAAACAAUGACAGUGAGGUGGAGCUUGAGAAAAGCAAUGUUCUGUUGUUGGGUCCAACUGGUUCAGGGAAAACUUUACUUGCCAAAACUUUAGCUCGAUUUGUUAAUGUGCCAUUUGUUAUUGCGGAUGCGACAACGCUAACACAGGCAGGUUAUGUUGGGGAAGAUGUUGAAUCAAUAUUGUACAAGUUGCUUUCGGUUGCAGACUUCAAUGUACAGGCAGCACAGCAAGGCAUGGUGUACAUUGAUGAAGUUGAUAAAAUCACAAAGAAGGCUGAGAACCUAAAUAUGAGUAGAGACGUAUCUGGUGAAGGCGUUCAGCAAGCUCUUUUGAAGAUGCUAGAAGGAACUAUAGUUAAUGUACCAGAGAAAGGUGCUCGGAAGCAUCCUCGGGGUGACAAUAUUCAGAUAGAUACAAAAGACAUUUUGUUCAUCUGUGGUGGUGCUUUUGUGGAAUUGGAAAAAACAAUUUCAGAGAGACGUCAGGAUUCGUCUAUUGGUUUUGGAGCUCCAGUACGUGCGAACAUGAGAACUGGUGGGUUAACAAAUGCUGUAGUAACAUCCUCAUUAUUGGAAUCAGUUGAAAGUGGAGAUCUUAUAGCAUAUGGUCUUAUUCCUGAAUUUAUUGGACGCUUUCCGAUAUUGGUCAGUUUGUCAGCUCUGGAUGAGAAACAGCUUGUUCAGGUCCUAUUAGAGCCAAAGAAUGCUCUUGGCAAACAAUUCAAGAAAUUAUUUAGCAUGAACAAUGUUAAGCUACAUUUUACUGAUACUGCACUUCGGUUGAUCGCAAAGAAAGCAAUGGCUAAGAAUACUGGUGCAAGAGGUUUGCGAACCAUUUUGGAGAGCAUACUCACUGAAGCUAUGUAUGAGAUUCCAGAUGUAAAAACAGGAGAUGAACAGGUAGAUGCGGUGGUGGUCGAUGAGGAGGCAGUUGGCUCCAUUGAUAGGCCAGGCCUUGGAGCUAAAAUUCUUCGAGGAGAUGGUGCAUUGGAUUGCUACCUCUCCGAAAAUAAGCAAAAACCAUCACAGGGUGAAGGAUCAGAAGAAGUAGAAGGGGAACCAGAGCUCCCAUCUAGAGCAGCAAUGAGCAUCUAGUUUAUAUAUAUAUAUAUAUAUGUAAAUAAUUAUCUCAUCACUGUAAAUUUUCUCAGGUUGUCAUAAUGAAUAUGUAAAGUACUUGUUAAUUCAAUUUACUUUCAUAUUUAACAAAA